ACCGCGAACCGCCACAGUGUUGUCGACGAGAAGGAUACACGAAGGCGAGAAAUUCUUGUUUUUUUUUUACAUCCGAACAUCGAAAAUCACGAGGAAAAUGAUGGUAGAUGCACGUUCUAAAGGGUCAUCGAACGAAUAAACUCAAUUGCCGUGGACACGUAAACCAUUCGCGGAUGAAGUGAAACACAUGUGUCGGUCAAACUGUGUUUUCUACUAUAGAGUGCCCGUCCCGUGUUUGAUCCGUGAAAAUCUUCCGUUUAGAAAGCCAACUUGUACGCUAGUUACAAUAAUUUAUGAAAUAUCAACGUGCUUGGUUUUGAAUAAGCCUAUUAACGUGACGAGCUGCUUAUUCGAAAUGAAAUAGAACUGAUUGCAGAAGGCGGCAGUGCGUGGGUGGGUGGGUGUCUAGCGAUUGCCACUCAUGUAUAGAAAAUUCCUUUUGGAAUUUUGCACAAAAUGUUACUGUUUGAUCAAUGAUAGUGUGCUUUUUUUAUUCAGUAUUAUUCUGUUCAAUUGAUACAUCAUUAACUGGAACAUUACCCAAACAAAUGUUUUUGGAUAUAAGAAAAAAAUAUAUCAGCUAAAUUUCAGAGUAACGCUGCUCUCACUGUCAAUUUUUGACCUAAUGUCAAUUUGACAGUUUUAAAGGAAUGAGAUCAAUAUGAUUCUGCCUGUUUGUUGUUAUCAACUUUGUUGAUUCUAUAAGAAACCUACAUUUACUAUAUUAUUUUGUUAUUAUUGACAUUAUUGUUGAAUCCUUUUAAUGUCUUUUCAUAGUGUCUAAUAUCUUAAGUUUUACCAAGUGUUCAUUUCUUUUCUGGUAAAAGAUGCUUUCCUCAAAUUGUGAAACAAAGAUACUUUAGCAAAUAUCUUUAAAAUUGUCAUUCAUAGUUUCAAAACAAGAACCCAUUUAAGGUUCUGCCUCUUUUGUUAAAGUGAUAUUAAGAGGCUAAAGUAUGAAAGGUCAAGCGGAGAAAAAUGGAUAUCGGUAAAGUAUCAGCAUGCGCGAGAAGUCAGCAGAAUGUCAUGCUCACGCAGGUCACGUGAGGGGCACAAGAGAAAUGUGCUCACGUGAUCCUUCUACAUUACACUCAACCCUUACCAAGGCAAAUGGUAAAAAUUCAAACCCCCAAUCAACACAUCAUUCAGAAGCACGCAUCGAUAAUAAUCUACUUCCAACUCCUGGUGGACGUUUAAAAUUUUUUAAAGACGGCAAGUUUAUCUUGGAACUAUCCCAUCGUAGGGAUGGAGAAAGAACUACAUGGUUUCCAGUUCCAAAGAAAACCUUUUGGCCACCAGCUAGCACAACUCCAAAUAGACAAGAGAGUUCCACCUCUCUUAGUGUUUCUGAUGAUAAUUCGUCGGUUCAGUCAAGUCCUUGGCAAAGAGAUCAUUGUUGGAAACAAGCAAAUCCAAGACGUAGAAUAUCUACAGAGUUUAAUUUUUACUAUUAUAGAAGUCCGAAAAAUCAUUUGUGCGCGCAUCCUCGUCUAAUCGCGAGAAAGCGUAGACGUCCAUUAGAUCCUACUUCUUUGUUACUCAUUCCAGAAUCAGUAACAAAUUAUACAAAACCAAUUCGCAAAGCAAAUGGAACAUCGACGGGAAAGGUUUUGAAUCUAAUUAUCGACAAAUUGGCCCGUCUUCUAGAUCCGAAUGUUGUUUCACCUCGUAAACGUAUCUUGCGCGAAUUAGAGAGAGUAUCGUUAGAAGAUCAAGCGUCGAAAAGGCGCGCAACACCACAGCCUGUUUGUACAACAACGGCUCCUACUCCGUCACCAAAACAAUUAUCUUCAUAUAGUAUAACAAGUAUUUUGGGAGAAGAUAAACCAAGUCACGAGCAAGGUUUUUUGAGGAAUUUAUUAAAACCAGAUGAUAGACAAACUGUGAAAUACUCAUCAAAUAAUUCAUAUCCAAGAGUACGAAUGGAUCCAUACAUUGGUACAACUAAUGCACCUCUUCAGCAUCCACUUUAUGGUGUACCAAUGUUACCUCCUGGACCAUAUAGAGCUCCCUUAUGGAUGCAUUAUCCAUCACCCGUCCAUUACCCACCUCCUAUGCCAUUAUACGCACCGCCACCACCUCAUCCACCAUCUCCUCCGGUUCAUCAUUACAAAGACUACAGGGAACAGACUCUUACACCUCCUUCGGAUAUGCCUCUAAAUCUGUCGAAGCAUGCGGGUUGAAUCUCAGGAUCAUAAAAGUUGGUGCCUUAUCAAUGGACAAAAACUGCGUAAACACUGCCCGUGCAACGACAAUGCGAUAUAUUAGUAUUUUUUUAUCCGUAAACAAUAGUAUCAUAGUAAGUAGAAAUACGCAACCGGAAAAACAAAGUCUGGAUGCUAUUCUUGUACAUACAAAAACGAAAACUGUCGAAGUUGGCAUAAAUAAGUAUUUUAUAUUAAUGUUAAAUUAAAUCAUGAGUAGUAUUACACAAUUUAAUGUUAAUUGUAAUUAAAACUAUGUAUGUAGUACAUGUAAUUUUUUAUCUUAUAUAUGUGCUCAUUGUUUUCUCUUUUUGAUUGUCGCAGAAAUACUUUAUCGAAAUUCAUAAAUGUGUUCGCAUUCUAAGAAGAUUAUGAAAUGUGAUUCUCACUCAUCAUUUUUACUACUCAUGAUAUAAAUACUAUAAUGAAGGAAAAAAGAGCAUGGUCUCAUCUUACGCAUCUCACUUAUGCAUUAUCUUGUUAUUCUUAUUAAUGUUACUGUCAUUAUUAUCAUUAAUAAAUGAUAUACGACUAUCUAUUUUAAAAGAUUCAUAAGAAAGACAUAGAAUUAUGUACAGAGAACAGAUUAUUAUAUUUAGUAGAAAUAUUCCUACGAAUAGUAAUAUGAUAUAUAUAUAAUAAAUUUAGGUUAAUAGCAUCCACAACAGUAUACAUUUAUUUAUAUAAUAUUAAUGAACAAAAAAACAAAAUUGCUUGGUAAAGACCGUGGGGUGUGCCUUAAAAGAUUACCUAAAUUGCAAAAAACUAAAUUAUAAACACGAAUCGAUUCAUGAAUAUGUAUUAUUAUUACUACUAUUACUACUGUGUACAUAUAAAUAUAAUUUUGCGUUACGUAUUUCCAUCAAAUCGACUAUUCGUCAUUAUUUAUUGUUAGUCAAACAUUACCAAACGUUUUACGCGAAAGGCAAGCUCACACAGGCUCUACAAACUAGUGAGUAAUUUUAACUAUUCAUUUACAUACAAUUUUUUAUUAAUUGAAACAGAUGAAAUAUGUGACUGCGCGUAAGCAAUUGUAUAGAAAGACUAAUUUCGUAAAUAUAUAAAUAUUUCACAUACUA